CCAGUCAGGAAGUGUAGCUGACUCAUAACAACGGAAGACUUGCCUGAACUUAUCUGUAAACAGCUAGUGUGUUAACACAUUGGUCCUGUUACCUUGUAAACAUGUCAGACAUCUUGUUGAGGAUUAAAUCCAGCGUGCCGGAGAAGAAGAAGAAGACUCCUCUGUCCCAGUGUGAGCUGCAGAGGUGCGGGUUAAGAGGGAUCCAGUUGAGGAGCUACCAGCUGGACGGAGUGCAGUGGCUGACCCAGUGUCUGCAAGGCCAGGAGGGAUGCAUCCUGGGAGAUGAGAUGGGUUUGGGUAAAACCUGUCAGACGAUCUCUCUGCUGGUGUACAUGUCAGGAGCUCUUGGUAAUCAAGGUCCGUUUUUAGUCCUGAGCCCACUCUCUGUCCUGGAGAACUGGAAAGAAGAGCUGGAACGCUUCGCCCCCUCUCUGACUGUGCUGUGUUACAAGGGCGACAAAGAGAGACGAGCGGAGCUUCAGAGAGGAACAAAGACACAGGACUUCCAUGUUCUUCUCACAACAUAUGAGCUGUGUCUCAAAGAUGCCUCAUUCCUGAAACGGUGGAAGUGGAAGGUGCUCGUGGUAGACGAAGCUCAUCGAUUAAAGAAUCAGAACUCACUAUUGCACACAACCCUGACAAAGUUUUCAGUGGAGUUCAGAGUCCUGCUGACAGGAACGCCCAUUCAGAACAACCUGCAGGAGAUCUACUCCCUGCUGACCUUCAUUCAGCCCAGCAUCUUCACCGCUGAGGAGGUUGAUGUCUUCGUCAAGUCUUACUCAAAUGUACUACAUCAGCCUGCUCUUGCUGCUGAGCUGCAGAGUGUCCUGGAGCCUUUCCUGCUUCGUAGAGUCAAGUCAGAGGUCGCUGUCGAUCUGCCGAAGAAGACGGAGCUGCUGAUGUACCAUGGCAUGUCGGCGCUGCAGAAGAAAUGCUACAGAGCCAUUCUGAUGAAGGACCUGGAGGCUUUUGAAAAUGAACAAGGAAACAAGAACCGGCUCAUUAACAUCUUGAUGAACCUGAGAAAGUGUGUGGACCACCCGUACCUGUUUGAUGGGCUGGAGCCUGAGCCUUUUGAGAUGGGAGAGCAUCUUAUCGAAGCCAGUGGGAAGCUUUGCCUCCUGGACAGCAUGCUGACCUACCUACACAAUGGAGGCCAUCGGAUCCUGCUGUUCUCUCAGAUGACCAGGAUGCUGGAUAUUCUUCAGGAUUACCUGGAGUACAGAGGUUACAGCUAUGAACGUCUGGAUGGGUCCGUCCGAGGGGAAGAACGAAAUCUGGCAGUGAAGAACUUUAGCAGCAAAGAUAUAUUUAUCUUCCUCCUCAGCACUAAAGCAGGGGGAGUGGGCAUGAACCUUACAGCUGCUGACACAGUUAUUUUCAUGGAUAGUGACUUCAACCCUCAAAACGACCUGCAGGCUGCGGCUCGCUGCCAUCGGAUUGGUCAGAACAGACCUGUGAAAGUGAUCCGCCUUCUGGCAAGACACACUGUGGAGGAAUUAAUGUACUCUCGAGCCGUGUCCAAGCUGCACCUCACCAAGGCUGUCAUUGAAGGAGGUCGCUUCUCCUUACUGGAUCAAGUUCAGUCAGCCGCUGCAGGACUCAAGCUCAGUGAGAUCGUGAAGUUUGGGGUAGAUAAGCUUCUGUCAACAGAAGAGAGCUCUGUACAGGAUGUGAAACUCAAGAAAAUCCUCGGUCCAACGCGCAGCGGCCAGUGGGUGGAUGAUGAAGACUCCACCGCGCUCAAAGAAGAUGAAGAAGAGGAGGAGGAUGAUGGCAGAAGCUCUGAAUUUGACGGACAGAACCACAUGUACUACUUUGAGGGGAAAGACUACAGUAAGCUGCCCAGCGCUGAUGACCACAACAGCUUUGAACGUUUGAUGGAGGAGCAGCAGGCUGAGUUUGAGAGAACUGCGGGAGAGGGACGAGCUCUGCGACGCAAAACUGGAGCUUUACUCUCAGUAGCUCUUGGGAUUCCAACAAGGAAGAGGAAAACUCUGACUGAGGCUGAGCUGGAGCUGAGGGUGCAGAGGAGGCAGGAGGCUGCAGCCAAGAGAGCCAAAGUUCAGCAGGAUAUGAAGAAACAACAGCAAAAGGAAAAAUACAAGAAAAAAAUGGCAUGGUGGGAGUCGUGUGGCUACAGAUCACUGUGCCUGCAGUCUGUGGACAGUGAAGAAGAGGAGGAGGAGGAGGAGGAGGAGGAGGAUGAUGCCAGCUUAUGUUCCACAGACUCUGACAGCACGGCUAUCCACUAUGUUCUGGGGGAUGUUACUCAUCCACAUGCUGCUCAGGGAGACGCCAUCAUUGUCCACUGUGUUGAUGACUCAGGGUGGUGGGGCAAGGGAGGCUUGUUUACCGCUCUGGAGCUGAGAUCUGAUGAACCACGGAAGCGGUAUGAGUUGGCAGGCAAGAUGAAGGAUUUGGAUAUUGGCAACGUUCUGCUCUUCCCCAUCGAUGACAAACAGUCCAGAUUGGACGGCCAGGAUCAAUUGGCCCUGAUAGUGUCACAGCAGAGAGACAAAGCCAACAACUUGUCUGGGAUCCUCCUGACGGCUCUGGACGAAGGUCUGAAGAAGAUUUAUGCUGCAGCCAAAAGACUCAAGGCAAGCGUUCAUCUUCCUCGCAUCGGUCACUCCACCAAAGGGUUCAACUGGUACGGCACGGAGCGACUCAUCCGGAAACACUUGGCCUCCAGGGGCAUCCCCACGUUCAUAUACUAUCACAGCAAAGCUUCCAAGAAUACCGCUACACCUCAGCCAUCCACCUCUGCCACCUUGACAUCGACAUCCUGCCCUGAACCAAAGCUGUGUAACCCCAACAGGUUGACUAGUGAAACAGAAGCAGACACUCCUGGCCCCUCAGCUCCUGUUGGGAGCCCCGGCCCCACAGAUCUCCCCAGUUUCAUGUCGGGAGUCCAUGUGUUUUUCUACAACCUCCCUGCAUCAGAGAGAAAGAGGCUGGCCCGGUACCUUUUCACUUAUGAUGGCGAUGAGGAGGACAUGAUGAGUCCAGAGGUCACUCACAUAGUUGCAGAGGUGGAGAAUAGCAUCCACUCAAAGGAGCUCCAGGAUCUGGUGCGUCACUACACGCAGGCGGUGCCCGUGCAGAAGGCUUGGCUCGACUCCUGCUUCUCCAAACAACGAAAAGUCAACACUGAGCAGUUCACACACCUGCUCAGAUAACACUAUGAUUCAGUGUUUCAUCUCUUUUUUAUGAUCAAUUUGUCUAAAUCAUGAAUGAACUCGGCUUGCUGCUUUAAAAUGUGCGAAUGCUUUAUAGUUACACAAAAGUUUAUAACGAUUGAUGUAUAAAUGAAAGAAGCAGUAAAUAAACAAACACCGCUGUGCCACUGCU